UACUUUUUAGACCCUAGUUAUUUAGCCCAGCUUAAUACAUAUUCUACAUUUACAUAGGGUUCUCUUCAAUGUAUUGCUCUUUCAUUUUGAAAUCAGAUAAGACCAUCAGUGGCCUGGGUUAUUUCAGGUUUUUCGGGUUAAUACAGCCUAUUAUUAACUAGAAGCAUUAAAGGGUAGUCUGAACAACUUAAGCCAUUAAUGUUCUUUUAACAUUCAAAUUAUGCAGCAAUACUAAUAUAUAUAAAAGUGUACAUACAUCUUGGUAAUACAUCUUGAAUUCAACAAAUCUUACUUACAACAAACUGCUGAUUGUCAUUUGCAUUUAUUGGACAAUAUCUAAAUUGAUGAUUUAACAUUUGAUUAAGAAAACAAAUACCAGAAUGUCAAUUAUAGAUGACCUCCCAGUUUAGAUUCAAUCAGAUUUUAAAAAGGCCCAUCAAAAGAUUUUACUCAAACUUUUAUAGGUGGGGUUGGUUUAUUUAUAUUUCCUGAUUAGGAUGAUAAACGAUUUAUGGACUGAUAUAUUCUUUUCAAAGGAUUUUAGUUUGCAAAUAAUUCAAAAUCCCUAAAAAAAAAGUGAUCCGAAGCUUUCAGUUAAAGAUCUAUAGAUCCCAAUGUAUUUUAUGCGAUGAUAUCUGUAGUCAUAUUGACUGGUAGUCAAUUUUAACCUGCUAACAAAUUUACCUGUCAGUCUAUUUACAUGCAAUCAGAUAGUAUUUGAACAAAUUUAACCAUAAAACACAAUAAAUUUUGUUAAAUUUGUAGAUUUAUAAUUCUUAAAAAAAAUAUUCCUUGCUAAUUCAGAAAUACAAAAUACACUCAAAAUUAAGUACGGUAGCAGAAAUUAAAGCCCUUGUCAAAUCGUCAAAGUUUUGGGUGAAAUAUACUGAGUAGAGAAUAAAUCGGCUAUCAAAUUAAAGUAUAGCCAAGAUGAUGUACAACUAUUUCAAAUUCCCUACUAUAUAAUAGUAUGGCUUAUUGCUAAUACUUUAAUAUCCAUGCAUGUGUAUGCAAGGAAUACUCUCAUAAAUAUAAUUGGCAGUUGGCAAUACUAUUAUCAUUAUUAGGCUGAAGGCUUAAAUAUUACUUACAGUAUAAUCCAAGUAUUAGCUACUACUAAUGGUUAUGGUGAUAUAACAAUAUGUACAUCGCUUUGUUUGAGUUUAAUUACUGUUCUGUCCAAUCAAGUUUAAUUACUAUUGUGUUAUGCCCAUAUGAGUUUAAUUACCAAUAUGUGCAAAUGAGUUUUUAACUACUGUUAUGUCCAUAAAAGUUUUAUUAUGGCCUACAUGUGCCUUGGUCUUUUACCAUUCAUAAGCAAAGUAAUUGCUUGGUGCAGGCAAUUAAAAGGGUCUAAUUGUUCAGAUAGUCUGUAAAACUGAGGACCCUUGUAUACCAGUGACAGCAUGUUAAAGAUCCCCUGACAGUUAGAAUUUGAAAUAAUAGACUAUAUGACAUCUUCAUUGGUUUGUUUGUGCAGAAAAUGAAGAUAUUGAACCCCUUAUUAUUUCAUAGGGGACAUUUGGGUAGUCGUGUUUUAGAUCCUAAGGUCUGCCAUUGAGUCAAGUGGCAUGGUUUCAAUCAAGCUUGUACCUGCCAUUGAGUAGAUUUGCCUGUCUAACCCUGUGGGUUUUCUUCAGGUCCUCAUUAGUUUUUAGGCACAAUAUUGACAUUAAUAUAAAUCUAUGCAUGAAGUAUAUUAACCAUUGGUGAUAUGGAUAACUUGUGGUAUAUCAGAAUAGACUAUCAAAUUAGUAGAGAAUAUUUUGUAUCAAUUAAAUACUACUAAAUUAUCUUUCUUUCAUAAUGAACUUAAUGAGGACUAUGGUUCUUUCAUUAAAAACAUAUUUAGAUUUCAAUAAUUUGGUUCUUAUAAUUUCUUUAAAAAAACUAACUAAUUGAUUUAAUUUGGUUUCAUCCAUAAAAUUUCAUUUUGUUUAAUAACAUAUUAAAAAGAAUUUAAUUAACUGCAUGAAAAAUGAUGCUGUAUGGUUCAGUAGAGUAGUCAACUAGUCAUCCUCUUUAGACUCAACUUGAAGUUGAAUCAGAUUGGAUUGAGUAUGAUGAUCAGAAGUUGUCUUCUUGUAUUUGUAUUUACAAGUUCAAUAAAUGGAGAGAGACAGAUCACUAUAACUUGGGUAUUGUUUAGUUGUGGUGUUUUAGCAGAGUUCUUGUAUUUAAUGUCUAGUUCCAAACCAUUGUUAGUUGUUAUAAUUACUAAACACUCCUAGUGAAAGUAAACAGUUGUAAACCCAACAAUCAUUAUCUAAUCUAGACGGACCAUUUUAAACUACACAACAUUAAAAACCCAAUAUAUUUUUUAUGAUUCUCUAGGAUUUUGAACAAUUUGCUAACAAUGGUUUGAAACCAAACAUUAAGGGGGUACUCGAUUAAACGUUCCAGAAUUGAAUUCUCUCAAUCCCAAAAAUAAUUACAAUCGAGUAAGAAGGGGGAUUUCGGGCUACAACGCAUGCGUUGACUGAAUAAGUAAAUAUCUCUACCAACCAUGCAGCCGAAACAUACCCUCCGGGACUGUCUGAACUGUGACAGGACUGAAUUCUGCGUUACUCGAUUGCAAUUCUGUCAAUUCAGGAUGUCUGGACAAUAAAUCGAGCAUUUCCUUAAUACUGUAACUCUUGCUAAAACAGCACAAAUACACAAUAUUAAAAAGGGAGAUAACUCCUAAUUUAAUGAGUUUCUCCAUUGUUAGUUAUAUGAUAUUCUAAAAAGAAUUGAUUCUUAACUGAACUAUUUUUCAGACUCUCUUAUCAGCCAUUAUGCUGUUUAUCAACAUAGUUAUUGUGAUCGUUGCCUUGACGAUAAAACAACGUAAUGAUCAACUGGUUGGUGACUACGCAGCUCUCAGUCUAUCAUACGAAAAAAGUGAUGAGAUUGGUGAUGAAAGUGAGAAAAAAGGGGCUAGUAAUAAAGAUGCAGAUAUUAUUAAUGAAGAACAACGUAGAUCUCCUAAUCAAAGAUCCUAUAAUUCUUGUAACACCAUUCCCAAGGUACCAAGUAUUGAGGAUAUCUUACCGUUUCCUAAAAGUAACAGCACCAGUUCUAUCACCGAUGUUACAUCUGAUGAAAGUAACGAUGAACAUCCAUUGUUUGAUACACUCAACGAGAGAACUUGUCUAAUACAGAAAUGUGGACCAACACAACGAAGACAGUGUAUAACUAAUUUACGAAAAUAUAUGGUGGCGUCGGCAUCGGUAAAUGACGAUCCACAGGCAGAACCUUCAUCGUCACCGAAUGAAGCUCUGUUAAAAGAAUACCAAUCGUCACACCAUUUUGUUUUAGUUUUAUUAUUAUUGUUAUCUAUGUUAGUGGGUUUAUUUCUAUGCGUAUGGAAGUUGUUUAAUACCCAUCCAACUGGUAUUUACAUAGAGAUAGAAUUUUUAGAUGGUGUCUUUAACUACGGACAGGGUUUUAUAACAUUUGCUGUGUUUGGUUUUGAUACCAGAUUAAUAUUUUCAAAAGUUGUCAGAAGAAUACGUCGUUGGUUGUAUGGUGUGGAAAUGGUACAACUACCCGACAUGUCCGACCUAGAUGAUGAAACUGUACAAAUCUGUAAACAAUUUACAGAAUAUCAUCAAGAAAACUGUGCCAAGAUGAUUGUUAAAGAUUUAAGGUAUCGAUUACGAAUGUAUAAAGAUGUGUUCACUGGAAAAGCUUUAUGUGAUUGGUUGAUAAAUGUUGGACUUGCAAAAGAUAGACUAGAAGCUAUUGAAUAUGGCCGCCAUUUGACUAUGGGGCGUACCUUAGCUCAUGUGACUGGUGAACAUUUCUUCCAUGAUCUUCCUUACUUUUACAGAUUUCUUUCAAAUGAACCAAAAUAUUCUUCUUGUUAAAAUUGUGUAAAUCAAAAAUAAUAUGUACACAUCAAAGUAAUCCUAAUGAUGUGGCCAAUAGGUUAAUGACAUGAAAUUUGAUUUAUACCAAAGAUUCUGUUGUUUUGGAUGAUCUAGUCAAUAUUUUGUAGAACCUACAGGAGGCUACAGUGCCUUUCCAAUGAAUUAUAUAUUUACAGCUUAAUCCAUGACAUAUUGUAUAAAAAGUAUUAAAAACCAAUUGAUAUUGUAUAUAAUUGUGUCUAGAUUUCUUCGUGAACACUUAUGUUAUAAUAUAAUUUGAGAAUAGCCUACCUACAUUGUCGGAUAGUUAGAAAUAGGCUCUUAUUUCCCUCUUAUUGACCUGCUGGUGAAAUUACCUGUCCAUUUAUAUUACAUACAUAAAAUAAGGUAUUUCAAAGAAUUUUACCUUAAAACACAUUAAAUACACUUAAAUUUAAAAUUAUUAUGUGAGUUUAAUACUGCAAAUAAUUUAACCUUAUAACCCAAUAAAUAUACUUAUAUUUAAAGAUGUUUAUUUAGGGUUUAAUACUACGAAGAAUUUACCAAUAAAUACCUGUAUGAAUACCAGGGUGCAAACUGUUAAAGUAUUAAAAAUGUAUUAAGAAAUGUAUUAUAAGUAUGAAUGCCUUAUGGUGUAUAAUGUAUAUACAUGUAGACCAGUAUUUAAAUUUAUGUCAUGAUUGUCAUCUUUAAUAAAUCAAAUAUCAAAAGUUUUUAAUGUUGAACAUAAAUCUUCAUAAGAAAAUAUAGUUAAUUCUGUACAAAAUCUUCAUACUUGAGCACAAAUUAGUUGAUCUAAACUUAGUCAUAGUGGAUGUCUGUUUCUGGGUUAUCUGGAUUUGUAAACUAUAAAUUAGCUUAUAUUGGAUAAUUUGAUUAUUGAAAAUAAUAUAUUUUCCAUGGAAUUGUGUUGUCUUAUAUUGUAUGUACAGGAGUUAAUCUGGAUUACAGGUAAAAAAAAAAAAAGGAUAGUACCUCUUUUCUUUUAUACUUUACUCUUGAUUAAUUCAUGGACAUGUUAAUGAGGGAGUCAUGGUGACUCAUUGAGUAAAUAAGGUGCUGGAUAUAUUUUAUCUCAGUGUUAGUCAAGAAACCAGUUUCUAGUCAUUGGGUUGGCACUAAAAACAAAGGUUCCAUGUGCAUGUAAAAAAACCUUUACAGUUGGAAUUUGAUAAAUAUUAGGAUGUUAAACCCAAUUUGGUUUUUAUUUCACGAGUUAGUGCAAUAUAAGAAUGGAAUCCAGAUCAUUCAGAAAUGUAUUUAUAUUUGUAAACUGUAGAAAAGAUAGUUUAUUUUAUAUUGUUGUUAUAUUUACAGAUUUUGUUGAAAUUUAUUACCAUUAUUUAAAUAUUGUUUUAUAUAUAUUUCUAUAAAUAAUUUUUGUGAAUAAUUGUUGUUAAAGUAUCGUGUCUUGUCUCUUUGUGUACAUGUAGAUAUAGUAAGAAGUAUUGUAGGAUUAUUUUAAUGAGAGAUCCUCCUACUAGUUAUCAACAAAAGAGUUAUUUUGUCAAAAUCAUCCAAAGUGUUGCAGAAAGUAAUCGACAAGGAAAAAUGUUACAGAUAUGCAUAGUAAACAUAUUUAAAUUAUUUCAUAAAAGACUAUGGAUAAUUAAAAUGUUGACAAAGUGAUGUAAUACUGACAGGGAUGAACUAUAGCAUAUCACCAUUGAGCAUGAUAAUAUACCUUUACAAACAAGAACCAAGCUACGAAUUAAACUUUAUGACAUGAAGACAUAUAAGAUAGAUUUAUACACAGUACUUAUUAUAUUCAAAAAUGGUUAUGUAUGGUUAAAUAUUAAUGGAGAUAUUUCAAAAAAUAUAGACUGCUUGCUUGCACUUUAAAAUGUAUGCCACUGCCAUAUUGAAUCAAUUAUUAUUGGGUAUAUAUAUAUAUAUAUAUGAAUAUCUAUUAUAUAUCUUUCCUUGUUGUUUACUUUUUGCAAUACGUUUGAUGCCUUUGACAAAAAAAUAUUCCUGUCAGUGAUUAGUAGGACAUGGGAAAUUGUGUGAGAUUGAAUCUUUGAUUCUUUCAAUGGGCUAAGCCGAUUGAUUUCUUAAGAAAUUUAUGUUACAUGUAGUUGAGUUUGGUUUUUUUUAGUACAAAAGCCAGAAAACUUGAAAACAUUAAAAUAUGUAAAAGUAGAACUUGAUAGAUGUUUUUUUUUAUAAAUCUAGAUAUUGUAUACAUGUAUUGGAUGUUUUUGUCCCCACAAUGUCCAUUAUUUUGGCUUAAAAAUGAGAUCCAUUCCAUCUUGUCUUGUCCUGGUAUUUUAUGCAUACCAGGAGUCUGGUCCAUAUCAUAUUUUAAUACUAGUUAUUUAUUGUCCCAGGCCUUUCGGGGAAAAUUGGAACCCAAUAAUUCUGCGUCUAAUUGCAGUAGAAUGUUAAAACUUGUAAAUAUUGGUUAGGUAAGUGUCCUGACUGAGUUCUAUGAUGAGCAUUUUCUGCUUAGGCUAAGCAGAGAUAAGCAAUUUGAUUUGUCAAUGCUUUGGGAUACAACUUAGAUUGCAAUUGAGUGAAAGUGGAGGGAACAUCAGCCUUACUGUUGGCUUAUUUAUUAUUUGAUUUGCUUGUCUUGUAUGAUUAAUUUUUGUCCUUAUGUUUUGAUGCAUUUAAACUGAAUUUGAUAAUGGAUAAAAAAGUAUGUAUCUAUAUAUAUUCUAUCUCUCCAAAUUUCUUAUAUAUUAUGUAAGUACAUGAGUUUAAUGUCUAAAACAUUUACUAUCAUUUCAAAAUUAUUUCAGCCAGCUAGUCAGUUUGUUGUGUAUUUAGUGCAUUUACUACAUUAAGUUAUUAUUGAAAUUUGAUGAUUUUGUUUCUUUUCAUUAUGAUGAAACAACCAAUAAAUUUAUAUAAUCCACAAAGAUAAUUAUUAUGUAUGUACAAUGAUUGUCAGAUUAAUUUUCUGGGUAACCAGUUGUAUAAUACAUUAUUAUUUUAAAAUAGACAGCUAUGUGCACAUUGUUUUUUAAUAAGAAAUGUAAAGAAAUUGUAAAAAAAAUCCAAUUAAUAUAGGCAUGUGCAGUAAUAUAAAUAUGCGUAGGCCUUGCUAAUUUUAUUAAUAUUAUCCAAAUGAUUUCAAUAUGGCACAUGAAGGUGUAAGUGGAUUCGGUGUUGAAGUUUUCUGUGGUGAUUCAGUCACCAUUAACAACUGACUUCAACACCAGUAUCAAAUUCAGUAAUAUUCUAUUCAAUCAGAAAAACAAAACAAUCUGAGAAAGCUUGCCCUUGGCAAGUAUUGUUUAUCAUAGGGAAGGUUUUGCUUAUUUAGAUGACAAUCAUUAUUGACUAUACGCGACUAAUUGCCAUGGGCAUAUAUUUCAUUGCCUGGUAACCAAUCGUUCAAGUUACAAGUGAAUUAGUUUUUUUAUGUGAGUUUAAUUGAGUACUGAAUGAGGAGGAAUUGUGAUAUAUACAUAAGUAUAAAACGUACAUUCUGUAAAUGAUUUUGAUUAAUAAAAUUAAAUUGAA